AUGCCCGACAACACGGCCAGCUUCAUCGAGGUCGCGGAGGAGCGCGAGAGCGAGGACAACAACGAGAAGCCGUACUCGCCCACAGCUCCGGGCACCACCACGAUCCGCCGCAUGCGGCUGGCGGAAAAGCUGUUGCAAGAAGAGUUGGAAGAGGAACGUCGAGAAGCGAUGAUGAAGGAGAACACGGUACUUAUGCGUCCACCCAGCAAAUCAGACGCCGAGAACCCAAAAGCUGCCUGCUGCUGCGUCGUCAUUGCGGGAGGGGCCGCCCAACAGUCAACAAGCUACUCAGGCAUUCCAGCGCUCCCCCCUUUCCGAGUCAAUCGCAAGCGCGUUCGCAGUGCCUUUUGCAACGACAGACCGACAGGCAAACAGACCAUGGCGCUCAACGGCAUCGACAGCGAGUACUCCGGUUGGGUGUACAAACAGGGCUCGCUGGUCAAGAACUGGAAGAAGCGCUUCAUGGUGCUUAGUGGACGACAGUUAACUUACUACGACACGUCCAAACUGAACCCUACGGUUAAGCCCAAAGGCAGCUUCCAGGUCAUAACCGUGGAACUCAGCCCUGACAUCCAGAAUGGGCUACUGGUGCACGGCCGCGGCGGUCGCGUAUUCAAGCUCUACACGGCGUCGGCCGAGGCCACCAGCGCCUGGUACAACAUGAUCUUGGACGCCACCACAGCAGCUCCGCAGCAGUUCGUAGCGGCGCCUCCCGACCGCUUCUCAACUCUCUCGGCCGCCAGCUCUAAACCAGUGGAUGUGGACGACGAGAUGGAGUUAUUGGACCGUCUCGAGUCUCUUCCGCUCAGUGACAGCGGCAGUGAGCAGGUGACUCACUUUGGUUGGCUUAAGAAGGAAGGAGCUCGUGUCAAGAGCUGGAAACGCCGCUACUUUGUGCUGCGUGGAAACGCGCUUUCGUACUUUAAUUCCGAAGACACUGGAGCCGCCGCCAAGGGCUACGGCCAUGUGCGAGCUGUAGAGGUGAACGGAACAGUGACCAACGGACUGGAUAUUUCGUUCGAUAACGGGCGAAUACUGCGAGUCUCGACCAGAAACAGCAAAGAUAUGGAACUCUGGCUCUGCAAACUGAGUGACGCCAUUGAGGCCGCAAACGCCGAGAUGACCAACGUGCGUCAAUCUCUAGCGGCACGUAGCUCCUUCCGUGCGUCGUCGAUCGGAGGACCUUCACCGACGAGAAUGAAGCAGCAGCAGAAUAUCCAGCAUUACAACAACAGGAACGCCGGAAUGCGACACUCGUUGGCAUCCGUGCCGUCGAAACCCAGAGGAUCAGCGGUGGAAACGCCCGAGAUGCCGCAGCGACGUACAGUGUACGAGAAGCGUUCGUCCUCGUCUCUUGACGACUCAUACAUUUCGUCGGGGUUGUCCUCGCAGUUCUCCUCUUCCAGCUCGUACAACCACUCGAACUCGUUCCCGGAUGGCUCGGCACCAGUGGCAAGGCCAAUUGUGCACACGAAUGGCACAACCAACACGCACAGCUCAUCGAGCUCCACAUUCUUCGACAGCGACAGCGAGUACGACAGCGAUGACAGUGAAGGCGACUGGAUUUAAGUUGACGAUACUGCGGUUUGACCGCAAAUUCAUGGCCAUACAGACAUGCCGUGGUGACCCCAUUUUCUGACGUUCAAGAUCGAUCAGAUACCAGCACAAUUUUGGAGCAGACUAUGUGCAGCCUUCGACACAAAAGCUUCGACUUGAGGCGUGUCACGUGUAUUAAAUCCCCGGGCCAUCGUUUGCGUGCCUUUGGGAUCUUUGUUUGUAUUACUUACUACACGACCAACGCCCCUGAGUAAGUCAAGGCAGACGCCUUUGGAGCUGUAGGCUUUGAUUUUGCUUUUUUGUUGCGUCCGUGAACUUUUUCUAAACUAAUAUGAGAACUCGAUAGCACUCGAUA